GAUAUCUUUUCUUCUUAUAUAUUUAAUCACUGUUCAGAUAGGUUUCUGGGCUUUGUUUUUCUUUGAAGUUUCUGCAGCAAGCCAUCCUCCCUCCAUCAUCUCCACAAAUCUGGAUCUGAUUAGAGAAGUAUUUUUAAUUAAGCUAUUGAUUUUUACCAAGUUUUAAUGCAUUUUGAUCGUAUCAGAGAUAUCACAGUGAAGAGAAAGAAACUGUUUAAACAAAUUUACAAGUCAUCUCACUAACACUAUACCAGUAGUGUGCUGUAUUAGGCAAUUCUGGGUUUGCAUCUUUCUAUAUAUCUUGUGCAUAUUUGUUGAAGAAAACCGUUUAUAUUUUCUCACAGAUCUUCCUUUGUAUAAAGGAGAGGUGAAAUUCUAGUUUCACAGUUUGAAAACUUUGCUUUGCUUUUUUUUUUUUUUUUUUUUGGGUUAUUUAUUUCUGAGCUUGAAGAAAAGAUCGAUAUAUUGGCAAUGUCUGGGUUGGAACCGAGUCCAGGUUCUCGCUAUGUUCACCAGCUUCUGCAGCUCCAAAACCAGACGGAUGCCAGAGAAUCACCGGAGCAAGAACAAAGAAGCAGUCAUGAUUCCGAUGCAGCAGCCACCAGUUCAGGUGGAGGAGGCACUGGUUCCGGCCGCAGGCCCCGUGGGCGUCCCUCGGGUUCAAAAAACAAGCCCAAGCCACCAAUUAUCAUCACUCGGGACAGUCCAAACGCGCUUAGAUCCCACGUUCUUGAAAUUUCAGCUGGCUCAGACAUAGUUGAUGUUGUGUCAAACUACGCUAGGCGCCGUGGACGGGGUGUUUGUGUCCUCAGCGGAACGGGAACGGUUACUAAUGUGACGUUGAAGCAGCCGGCUGCUCCAGCCGGGAGUGUGAUAACACUACACGGGCGGUUCGAGAUUUUGUCCCUCACGGGGACGUCACUGCCACCUCCGGCGCCGACAGGAGCGGGUGGCUUGACUAUAUAUCUGGCGGGUGGACAGGGACAAGUGGUGGGAGGGAGCGUUGUGGGGCCUUUGAUGGCUUCAAGUCCGGUGGUUUUGAUGGCGGCAUCAUUUGCAAAUGCAGUUUAUGAUAGGUUACCACUUGAGGAAGAAGAAUCACCAGGGCAGGUUCAGCCAACUGUUUCCCAGUCAUCGGGAGUGACAAGUGGUGGAGGGCAAUUGGGCGAUGGAGGAAACGGCGGAAGUAAUUCCGGUGGAGGUGUUCCUUUCUAUAAUUUGGGAGUGAAUAUGGGAAAUUAUCCUCCUUUCCCUGGUGAUGUUUUUGGUUGGGGUAGUGGCACUGCAGCUGGUAGUUCUACAAGGCCACCAUUUUAAUUGUAAGUUUGAAGAAGAACAGCAGAAGAAGAAUAAGGAGAAAUCAAAUUAAACUUGUCACUGAGAAACGCUGUAGAGAUCAUAAAGUCCUCUAAAAUUAAAGCUAAAUGAAGAAAUUUUAAAUAGGAAUACUGAAGAUCAUGUACGUAGGGUUGAAGCUUCUGAAUCAGUAAGUUCCAAAUUCAUAUGUACAAAAUAUUAUUCUGACAUUUUUAAUUUUGUUUAUUUUCUGUUG